AUGAGUGAUCAGCAUAUCCCUGUUGUUGACUUGCCCUUGAUUUUCUUCACCUUCACAGAAACUGCACUACUUUCUUGCUUCUGCAAAUAUAUGAGUUGGCUAAGGAAUCUGCAAGGGCAACUUUCUGAGCUAGCCAGUGAAGUCCUCAGCGAAGCGACAGAUGAAGUCCCUGAUCCUGAGUCCGAAUUACAGGUUGCCAAGAAAAAACUUGCAGAAGCGGAACGCAAUCUUCUCGUAGAGCAAUCGAAAGUCGGUAAAUUGGAAGAGAAAGUAGUUGAGCAGGAGCAGCACCUGUCAGCUUAUCAAGUUGAAAUUGAUAUGGUUACGGAACAGUACAAAACGAUGUUAUUAUCAAGGGAUGACGAAAUCAAGAAGCUAAAGACUGAAUUAGAGCGUAAGCAGCUCAGUGCAUGGUCGUCUACAGACGUUGACACGGGCAGCCUGGAGCAAACGGUAGCGGACUUGCAAAAGGAAGUGGCUCACUGGAAGUCAGUUGUGGAAACAGGCUCUAGAAAGGUCUCUUUUGCGGAAAUGGAGGAACGUCUUGAGGAAGAACGAAGACGAAAAGAACAAGAAAUUGCGUCUUUGGUUGAGAUGCACACUCGAAACAUGAAUGAAAUGAAGGAGAUGUAUGAAGAACGCAUCUGCGCCCUAGAGGGGGUGGCAUCUUCGUCAACCAGCAAUACGGAUUUGCUAGACGCUGUGCUACUGGAAAAAGAGGAGCUAUUAGAAACAAAAAGAAAAUUAGAGGAAAUGGUAAAACAACGGGAAAGCGCUUGUCCGUCGACUGCAGAUGCUUCAGUUACGGCCGCAGAUGAUCGACUAGUUGUUCUUGACUUAGUUGAGAGGACGACAGUGGAUGUUUCUGAUUUGGAAGAGAAGCUUCGAGACGCUCAGUCCGUCAUUGCGCAGCUUCAAUCUAAUGCACAUGAAUUAGAGAUGAAAGUUGCCGAAUCAGAGAUGUUAAAGAUUCAACACAAAGAAUUAGCUCAAGCAUACAACGAUCUCAACGAGGAAUUCGAGAAAUACAAAGAAAUUACGGCUACGAAUAGUCAAGACAACAACAAUCAAGACCUGACCCGACGAAUAGAUCUCUUGAAAGCUAAUUUGAUCGAGUAUGAAGAGCGUUAUGAAAUGUGUAAACGAGAAAAUCUCGAAACAGUAGCCCAACUUGAACGGCUUUCUGGAGAGUUUGAGCGGCUAAAGUCAGGUUUUGCAGACGUACGUGAUCAGAAAGACUCAGACAUGUGUGUCGAAGUUGAUCGCCUCCGCAACGCUUUGGAACAAGCGAAAGAAGAUAGAGAUCGCCUCCGUGCUGAUGUUGACAAAUUUCGCGCUACAAUUGAAGGAAUCGAUGCGGAAUUAGAUGCUCUUCGUGCGUCAAAUCAGCGCCUUUCUCAAGAAAACGAUAGAAUGGCAGCUGUAAUCGAGCGUUACAACAACGCGCUCGAAAGUUCUAGUACUCACCAUGGAAGCCGAGUAGAAGAUCCAGGUUUAGAGAUUCAGCCAUUAACUGAGAUGCACUCUGUUGCGUUUGAGAACUUGAACAAAGAAUUACGUGAAGAGAUAGCUAUGUUACAGGAACGGAAUAGAUUACUUUCGGAGGAGUCAAGAUUGCUUGCUGAAGUAAACGCUCACAUGAAAAAACAGGAGGAAACAGAUUCCAAAAGAACGCGAUUGCUUGAAGAGAAGAUUUCGCUCCUAGAAGAGCACAGAGAAGAAUUGCAAGCUUCACUACGCGACCUUCAAGAGAAAGUUGACCGAAAUCACUCCAAUCAGAGCACUUUUUCUAACGAAGAGGUGACCGCUCUCACUGCACAACUUCGAGAAGCCCUUGCUGCUAAUGCAGAGAAGACAGAGGAAUGCGAAAAGCUCAGACAGCAAACCGACGACUUGGAGAAAGAAGUGACGGUACGGCAAUCUUGCAUAGAUGAAAUGAUAGCACAGACAAAUGUCUUACAGGUGCAACUUCAGCUCGCCGCUGAAACCAACAUGCAGUUGAAACAGCAGAUUUUGGAAAAGGACCGGUCUAUAAAUACGCUGAACCAUGAGCUAAAUCGAAAACAACCUGAUGCAGCUGUUUCAGAUCCAGAAAAUGAGACCUUGUCAGAUCGUGAAGAAAGCAAACUCGUAAAAGCGGAACAAUUAUCCGUACAUCCGCGUGGAGAUCCUUCUGACCUGGUUUUGUGUUGUUCUCGUGAUAUGCAAGGUUCUUCAACAAAUGCUGAGAAUGUCCAGACCAAACAACAAGUUGACCAAAUGGGACGUCUUGAGUUGGAAAAUUCGCCAUCACAGGAGGCGAUUGUAGAUCUCCGGAGUAAGUUGGAUCAAAAGAAAAUUGUGAUGGAAUCGCUCCUUCUAGAGAAUGAACAGCUUCGACAGGUGGCAACACAGAAGCAUGCGGAAAGUAUGGAAUAUUUUUCUCGUCUAGAGUCAGCUUUAGCUCAGGUUGCUGCUUUGGAACAAAACAUAUACGAUAAGGAGCGACAGGCCAAGGAAGUGCUAACUAGCGAACAAGAGUCGCGAGAGAAGUUGUCCCGUGAGCUUCAGCGGCUCAAAGAACAUUUACUUCUCAUUGAGGAGACUUCGACAACUGAAGCAGUGGAAGCAGAGAAAAGAGAGACGGAACUCAGAGAGCAGAUUCGUCUUUUGCAAGACUCAUUUACAGCCGCUGAUUCAGAUGCGGCCAAAACUACUCACAAUAUGAAGGCAGAGCUGUCGGCAUUACAAGAACGAGUUGUAAUAGCAGAAGAGUCGGCUGAGGAGUGGAAAUCUCGUUUUGAAGCAGAGAAACAUCUACGUUCUGAAGCAAGUGAAGCGCUGACGAGCCUGCAGGUUGUUGUGAGAGAGCUUUCGGCGGAUCAUGAGCGAGAAUUGGCUGAUGCUUCCCUUAAAAAUGCGCAACUUCAGAAUGAAAUUCGAGAGUUAACUUCGAUCAUUGAAAAUAUACGUGGUGAGAUGGAACGCCUAUCACUAGACAAGCAAACUGUCGAAGAUCUUCUGGAGUCAGCUAAAAGUACGAUCACUAGUCGGCAGAAGGUUGUCGAAGAUCUCGAAGUUCAGCUGGAAGAGUUGAGGGCGUCUUCUCGACUUUCAGCUGAAAAUUAUCGCGUGGACGAUGCGACCUUGCGACAACUGUUUUUGAGUUACUUUACUGCUCCAGUGGACAAGCGCGCAGAUAUAGCGCUUUUACUAGCAAGCGUUCUUGAAUAUCCUGCUGAGGACAUGCACAAGGUUCGUCAAGCCGUCAACGGUAAAAGUUCGAAUCGAGGACAGAGUGGUGGCGAUAUAUCGAUAGCCGAACAAUUUAUUCGUUUCUUGGAGAGUGAGUCGGAAUCGGCCAGUACAGCUCCACACCUGCCUGUUGCUCCCAGAGAACAAACUCCCGGCCCAUCGAUAGCCCCACCGCGACUCAACUCAUCUUCAUUCCAACAGAGCAACCUUGACAUGGUACUGAAAUGA